GGAGAGAGAGGAGGGGGGCCCUGCCUCUAAAAUGAGUCUCUCUGGGGAGAGAAAGGAGGGGGGCCCUGCCUCUAAAAUGAGUGUCUCUGGGGAGAGAGGGGAGGGGGGCCCUGCCUCUAAAAGGAGUCUCUCUGGGGAACAUGACACCAAAGCUAAGAGACCAAUCAAGCAGGAGAGACCAGCCUCCCCUGUUCCCAGCUGUGUGUCCAUGAAGAGUGACAAGUCUCUGCGUCAUCCUAUAGAGUUUAGAAAGGGAGACUUUUCUUCUGAACAAAGAAACCAACAGGAGAGAUCAGAGUCAGAGAUUCUCAGUGGUCAGUCUUCCCAGAGUCAUCAAACAGACCUGGCCUCCAUAUUCAGUUUGCUUGAAGAGAAAAUUAUGACAUUUGUGAGGAACGAGCUGAAGAUGUUCAAGAGGAUUCUUAGUCCAGAACUCCCAGAAGGCUUUGAGAGUCAGAAGCAGGAUAAGGAAGUGGUGGAUGCUGAAGAUGAGCAGCAGGAGAGCAGUGCCAGAGAGGGGGCUCUGAAGAUCACACUGCACAUCCUGAGGAAAAUGAACCAGAAGGAGCUUGCUGACACACUGGAGAAAUAUGAGCUUGCUGUUAUUUGCCAACGUGAAAUCAAAUCUAAUCUAAAGAAGAAGUUUCAAUGUGUAUUUGAGGGGAUCGCUAAACAAGGAAACCCAACACUUCUCAAUAAGAUCUACACAGAGCUCUACAUCACAGAGGGUGGAACAGGAGAGGUCAAUAAUGAACAUGAGCUGAGACAGAUUGAGACAACAACCAGGAAACAAGCAAGACCAGAGACUGCAAUCAAAUGUAACGACAUCUUCAAACCCUUAACUGGACAAGACAAACUUAUCAGAACUGUGCUGACAAAGGGAGUCGCUGGCAUUGGAAAAACAGUCUCUGUGCAGAAGUUCAUUCUGGACUGGGCUGAAGGAAAAGCAAAUCAGGAUGUCCAAUUUGUGUUUUCAUUCCCUUUCCGGGAGCUGAAUUUGAUGAAAGGGGACAAACACACUUUGAUUGAACUUCUCAAUCACUUCUCAAUGGAAACCAAACAAUCAAGAAUCUCCAACUACAACAAGUACAAAGUUCUGUUCAUAUUUGAUGGUCUGGAUGAGUGCCGACUGCCCCUAGACUUCCAGAAGAACAAGAUCUGUUGGGACGUCACAGAGUCAACCUCAGUGGAUGUUCUGCUGACAAAUCUCAUCAAGGGAAAUCUGCUUCCCUCUGCUCUCCUCUGGAUAACUACCCGACCUGCAGCAGCCAAUAAGAUCCCUUCAGGAUGUGUUGACCAGGUGACAGAGGUACGAGGGUUCAAUGACCCACAGAAGGAUGAGUACUUCAGGAAGAGAUUCAGGGAUGACGACCUGGCCAGCAGAAUCAUCUCACACAUAAAGACAUCAAGAACACUCCACAUCAUGUGCCACAUUCCAGUCUUCUGUUGGAUUUCUGCAACAGUCCUUGAACACAUGCUGAAACAUAAGAGAGAAGAGAUGCCCAAGACACUGACUGAGAUGUACACACACCUUGCUGUGUUUCAUACCAAACAGAAGACUGAAAAGUAUCUUGGGAAAGAAGAGACAGGUCCACACUGGAAUAAAGAGAGCAUUAUGUCACUUGGAAAACUGGCUUUUCAACAGCUUGUGAAGGGCAAUCUGAUUUUCUAUGAAGAAGACCUGAAAGAGUCUGGCAUUGAUGUCAAUGAAGCCUCAGUCUACUCAGGAUUGUGCACACAGCUCUUUAAAGAGGAAUGUGGGCUGUACCAGGACAAGGUGUACUGCUUUGUUCAUCUGAGCAUUCAGGAGUUUCUGGCUGCUGUAUAUGUGUUCCUCUCAUUCAUCAACAACACUGAGAAUCUAAUAUACAAACCGCAAACAAAGUCCAGGAUCUUUUCUUCGCUGUUCAGAGACAAGCCUGAAGUUACUUUCUAUAAGAGUGCUGUGGAUAAAGCCUUACAAAGUGAGACGGGAAACCUGGACCUUUUCCUCCGCUUCCUUCUGGGCCUCUCACUGGAGUCCAAUCAGAAGCACUUACGAGGUCUACUGACAAAGACAAGAAGCAGCUCACAGAGCCAUGAAGAGACAGUCAAGUACAUCAAGGAGAAGAUCAGGGAGAAUCCCUCUCCAGAGAGGAGCAUCAAUCUGUUCCACUGUCUGAAUGAACUGAAUGACCAUUCUCUAGUGGAGGAGAUCCAAAGAUACCUGAGAUCAGGAAGUCUCUCAAAACCCAACCUGUCACCUGCACAGUGGUCAGCUCUGGUCUUUGUGUUGCUGACUUCAGAAAAGGAGCUGGAUGUGUUUGACCUGAAGAAAUACUCCAGAUCAGAGGAAGGUCUUCUGAGGCUGCUGCCAGUGGUCAAAGCCUCCAGAGCUGUUCUGCUGUCAGGCUGUGGAGUUACAGAGGAAGGCUGUGCUUCUCUGGUCUCAGCUCUGAGGUCAAACCCCUCACACCUGAGAGAGCUGGAUCUGAGUAACAAUGACCUGAAGGAUUCAGGAGUGAAGCUGCUCUCUGCUGGACUGGGGAAUCCCCACUGUAAACUGGAGACUCUGAGGCUGUCAGGCUGUGGAGUCACAGAGGAAGGCUGUGCUUCUCUGGUCUCAGCUCUGAGGUCAAACCCCUCACACCUGAGAGAGCUGGAUCUGAGUAACAAUGACCUGAAGGAUUCAGGAGUGAAGCUGCUCUCUGCUGGACUGGGGAAUCCCCACUGUAAACUGGAGACUCUGAGACUCACUGGCUGUAAACUCACAGACACGUCCUGUAAAGUGUUGGCAUCAGUUCUCAUUUCAAACCCCUCACACCUGAGAGAGCUGGAUCUGAGUAACGAUGACCUGAAGGAUUCAGGAGUGAAGCUGCUCUCUGCUGUACUGGGGGAUCCCCACUGUAAACUGGAGACUCUGAGGCUGUCAGGCUGUCUAGUCACAGAGGAAGGCUGUGCUUCUCUGGUCUCAGCUCUGAAGUCAAACCCCUCACACCUGAGAGAGCUGGACCUGAGAUACAAUCACCCAGGAGACAAGGGAGUCAGACUGCUCUCUGUUAGACGGGAGGAUCCACACUGCAGACUGGAGAAACUCAAUGUGGAACAUGGUGGAGAGAACAGAAUGAAACCUGGGAUUAGAAAAUAUGUCUGUGAUCUCACACUGAACCUAAACACAGCAGACAGAAAACUCUCUCUGUCUGAGGAGAACAGAAAGGUGACAUGGAGGAGAGAGGAGCAGCCGUAUCCUGAUCACCCAGAGAGAUUUGAGGACUGUGGACAGGUGCUGUGUAGAGAGGGUCUGACUGGGCGCUAUUACUGGGAGGUAGAGUGGAGUGGAGGGGCUGUUAUAGGAGUGACAAAUAAAGGAAUCAGCAGGAGAGGAAGGGGUGAUGACUGUUGGCUUGGAUGGAAUGACAAGUCCUGGAGUCUGACCUGCUCUGACAACAGUUACAUUGCCUGGCACAAUAAUAAUCCCACUACCAUAGACGUCCCCUCCUCCAGCUCCCACAGAGUAGGAGUGUAUCUGGACUGGCCAGCCGGCACUCUGUCCUUCUAUAGAGCCUCCUCUGACACACUGACCCACCUGAUCACAUUCACCUCCACAUUCACUGAGCCCCUCUAUCCAGGGUUUGGGGUUUGGGGUGAUGACUCCUCAGUGUCCCUGUAAAUACACACAGAUCACUCACACACACACUGGAUACACAGACACACACACUGGAUACACAGACACACACACUGGAUACACAGACACACACUGGAUACACACACUGGACACACGUGCGCACACACACGCUGGAC